CAAAAACUAUUUUUUCUUAAAGAUACAACCUACAGAAAAUACACCCUCAAAUCCAUUUACAAAACAUAGUUCAUAAUCCACCGUCCAUUUACAAGAAGAAUACGCAUUCGACGGUCACGAUUAACUGAUUAGUUUGUUCAUUUUUCUAUUUUUGAUAUUUUUUUGGGACGUCUUUACAGGCGAAAAUUUCCAUCGGUUUACAUUGGUACCGCCCACAGUCAGCGGCAGCUUGAGCGAAGCAACCAUUAAAUCCCGAUUAAUUUUGAACCCAUUAACCAUCGUCGACAACGCUACCGGCAAAUUGAUUUGAUUCGACGCUCAGUGAGAGACGAAAAUGGCAUCGGGUUGGGGAAUCACAGGGAACAAAGGGCGCUGCUACGAUUUCUGGGUGGACUUCAGCGAGUGCAUGUCUCGCUGCCGUCAGCCCAAGGACUGUGUUCUUCUUCGCGAAGACUACCUCGAGUGUCUUCACCACUCCAAAGAGUUUCAACGAAGAAACCGAAUUUACAAGGAGGAGCAGCGUAAAAUAAGGGCAGCUGCACGGGCCAAAGAGGGUGGAGAGGUUGAUAAGCAUCACCAUCCAUAGCAGAAAUCGAUCAUCAUUUGAACUGAAGAAAUAAUAAAUGUUUGGAGAAUGGAUGCUGUAUUUUUUUUCCAA